AAAGCGAAGACUUCAGGCUGCCGAACUAAAAAAAAUAAAAUAAAAUAAUAAUAUUAAAGUUUCUACUGCUGCAGACAUGAAUUUUAAAGUUCGAGCUGCAACAAAAGACGACUGCAAAGACAUUUGUAGGAUGAUAAUGGAGCUUGCUGUUUAUGAAAAAAUGCCCGACCAAGUGAAGAUAUCUCAUGAAGAGCUGGAGCGUGACGGCUUUUGCCAGAACUCCUUUUUCGAAUGCCUCAUUGCAGAAGUUCCCGAGGAGCAAAAAUCCAAAGAAGGGUUUACAGUUGUCGGCUACGCCCUGUACUUUUACACGUACAGCACCUGGAAGGGGAGAUCCGUGUAUUUGGAGGACCUAUAUGUGACGCCAGAAUUCAGAGGCAAUGGCAUUGGUAAGGGUUUGCUGUGCAAAGUGGCCGAGGUGGGGAAAUCCAGGCAGUGUGUUCGGCUGCAGAUGUCCGUCCUGAACUGGAACACCCCGACUCGAGACUUCUACGCUGCUAAAGGAGCCCAGGACCUCACUGCUACCGAAGGCUGGCACUUCAUCCGCUUUGAUGGACAGAACCUGGACAAUUUAGUUAAUGAGGCGCCAAAAAGUUAAAUGUUUGUCGAGGAAAACCACGUACUUUAGCUGCUGUGUUUGGUUUGUAUCCACCCCAUCCUUCUCGUGAGUCAGCAGAUUUUCAUAAUUUAAUUGUGAACAGUGUUUAUGCUGAUUGUAAUUGCCAUUAAAAACUUGUUUUAUUUGACCCAAGCCAACAAUCUGCCUUUAAGACUUUAUGGUGCUGCUUCUGAAAAGGUUCAAGCUAAAACGAUAAGACGGGAUUUUUGUGAACAAAUUGAUGUCAAGCACUUUGCAACAUGACCAU